UCGGGUGAGAAAUGGCUCCAGUAUGUGUCAAGUAUUUUUCUAUCAUUAAAUUCGGCGUUAAAUGAUUGCUAAAAUCAACGAAAACGUUCGCAAGUGAUACCGGAAGCGUACGUGCAUAAGUGGCGAGUGUUUUCCGCCGCGGUCGUGUCUGGGAAAGUGUGAAAAUCACGCAAUUUAGUUUUUUACUUCCAAUCGCUCAGUUCGAUCAUCGGUGCUGUGUGGUACCUGCAAAAUACGUUCAAGACUAUUGGCAAGAGCAGGAGCGGCGAUAGUGCAUUGGAAAGAGAGGACAUAGUCAUCCCGUUCGUUUCAGCUCAGCCACAGGCCUCGGAAAAGUAGCAGAAACACCGAGCGAUUUGGUACGAUACACACCGUAAAACGCAUACACGGCAACACGAACGGCUCUUGCCGUACAGACGGAAUAGCACGCUCACAUCUGGCAUCGCUGACAGCGAACCACACCACUAGUAUCGUCGCUGUCUCGCGCGGUGUGCAGGCGAUUUUUCGCAGUGCUCUGCUCUUCUCAUGUCCCUAAAAUAGAAAUUUUAAUAUGUGAUGUAUAUUAGUAUUUAAAAAGGCAAAAAAGUAAGAAAAAACGAGUGAAAAGGUUGAUUUCAUACGUAUAACGAAACAAGUGAAUCAAAUUAACGUUAUAGUGGGUGCAGCAAGUGCAUGUACUAGCAGUAGUCAUCUAGACCAAAAUCAUCGAGCGUGUAAAGACGCAAGUGACGUGUUAGCAGAGAAAAAGUGCACCCCGAAGGACCCUGCUGUCAGUGUUUUUAUUUUUGCAAAUACCCACAUCCCCCGUGUCUUGCCAGGUGCGUGAUUGUAAACAGUCAAAGCUUGGAAGUGGUUAUUUUCCUAUAUGCACACACCGAAAGACAGUCACACUGUUGCAUAAUUGAAUGAGUACGAGGAGUAAUAAAACAAGGUGUUCUCGUCUCGUCAUCAUUACCGUGUCGCUGCACAAGCAUCACUCCCCAGUGGUUUGCUGAACAAAAAAAAACGAAAAAAAAAUACAACGGCAAAUCACUGCAGUGAAAAGUAGGAAGCACCAUCCUUGUUUUCGACGCCAACUGCGGAAAUAGAAGACGCCAACUGGUUAAGGAUUUCUGCGAGUUCACACAUACACGUCAGCUUAUCGUACUUGCACAUAGUAUACCAGUGACGAAACUCUAAGGGCAUCGAUAUAUUUUCUCAAACAGGAAUGCAAUAGUGUACAUAAAAAUACGCUAAAUAACGGAAAAUGCAACACUUCAUCUCUAGUAUCGAAAAUCAUACAAAGAAUUUAGACGUAUUAAUGAUCCUCAAUAUUAAGAAAUUUGAUAAAAAUAUCACCUGUACUGUUACUACUAUCGCUACUGCAAAAUCUAUUACUACUACUACUACUACUACUAUUUCUACUACUUCAACUACUCAAAACAACACGAACAAGUCUGAAUACGCUUUUAAGAAAUCACUUAAUAGUUUGCUAAGUUUAAUUGGUGAGAAAACGAGGCAGGAACUGUCGAAGAAGAGGAUAAGGAAGGAAGGCGGCAAGCUGCAUCUACUAAUUCAAAAACCACUACUACUACAAUCGAUCGAUGAGUCUGAGCAACAAUCAGGGAUUGUAUCCGAUAUUAUACUAACUGUUAGUAUUAAUUCCUUAAUUUGUAACAAAACUGCAAAAUUGAAUAUCGAUUGCAUUGCGUUUGUGGUGAUUGAAGAAGGGCAGCUGCACUUGCAGCGUGAGCAACGAUCGAAACUGAAACUCGCUGGACAAUACUAUGCGCGGAGCGAACGUCGGCCAGAACUGAACACUGGUGGCUACAAUAUUCAAACGAAUCAGAAAGACGGGAAUUUGACACAUUUCGAUCAUCUGUUCCAAAGCACGAUGAAUAAGAAUGACACUGUGAAUAUGAUAUGUGAUUUAAUUGAUUACCUGAUAACAGUAAAUACUAAUCAUAGUAUAGUAAUUGAUGGAUGUAGUAGCUUGAUCUGUAUUGACCAAAAUGUAGAUUUUAAGGACAGCAAUGAUAAAGCCAUGGCAGGUGAUAGAACCGAUGCUAAUACUUCCGAACAAGCCAAACGAACCUCGAAACUAGUAACAACGUACGUUAAGUUUGAUGAAUUACUGCGUAUGUCGGAAUGGGAAAAGACUGUGCUGAAAAGUGGCGUACGGCCGCGAAUGAGACUGUGUGGUGGAGGAGAAGAUUCGAUCAAUAGCGGUACCAGCGCUUGGGGGACACCCGCUCCUGGUAAUCCGGGCAAUUCGUGGGCAUCAUUGAAUCCACAGCAACCUGGAGCAUGGGGUAGCAAUCCACAGGCCGGACCUACAGGAGUUGCUGGUGCAAGCAUGAAGCAACAGCAACCCAAUCCUGCCGGCCCAGCAGGUGCUACGGGGCAUCCCGUUGGUGAUAGUACUGAGCCUAACGCGUGGUCCGGGGGAAAUCCAGUGAAUCCAAAUAAUGCCAACGUACAAAACCAACCCAGUGGUGCUAGUAAUGUGGGAAACGCAAUUAACAAUCCAAACCCUACCCAACCACAACAACAACAACAACAACAACAACUGGAAACACCAGCAGCACAACCGAAUCCAAAACUGGAACGCUUAAAUACGAUGAUAGAAGCACUCCAUGCGGUGGAUGGCUGGGGUUCGGAGAAUGUCAACCAGGACAGUCGAUGGGAUGUACCGGCUUCUCCAGAGCCCGGUUCCAAGCCUGAUCCGAAUAGUGCAAUCAGUGGUCCUACAGCUGGAAUACCUAUGUGGAAGACCAACACCGGGACCGAAAUUUGGGAAGCAAACCUUCGCAACGGUGGACAAAUGCCUCAGCAACAACCUGUACAAAAAACCCCGUGGGGACCAUCUACUAAUAUCGGUGGAACAUGGGGAGAGGAUGAUGAUGCCAGUGAAUCAAAUACUGUUUGGAAUGGAGCUACUGCUGGUACAAACCAAACUCCAGCCGUUCCGCAAGGUGGGCAACCCCAGCAACCUCCCUGGAACGCAGCCAAUAAUACUGCUAUGUGGGGCCCAGGUGGCCCAGCAUCAGGGGCCGUUAAAAAAGAAAAUAAUGAUUGGGGAGGUACUGCUGGUCCUGCUGCUGGUGGAUGGGAUCAACGUAAUGCGCCACCUGUAGGUGCACCUAACACUAUUGCGGGUAUGGAGUCAACAAACAUUGAUAUGCGCAAUAUGCGUAUUACUGGAGGAAUAGAUGGCAACAGAGAAAUACGUGGCGACCCCAGAGGUAUUUCCGGUCGAUUGAAUGGUAAUGUUAAUCUAUGGGACCAACAUCAGCUGCCUGGAAUGGCACCAAAUAAAAUUCCACCAGUAACCACACCUGUUACACCGGCAGGGGGUGGUCAAUGGCCCACUAAUCAAGUACCAGGUCAUAAUAAGAUGCCAUCUAAUUGGGAUGAUUCUUCCACCCAGGGUGUUCGGCGAAACGUGGAUGACGGAACAGCGAUGUGGGGUCAAAAUGUACUUAGCCGUCAAAAUUCGAAUGUUUCCAACUGGAAAGAAGGACAGGAAGGACUCCAACGUAAUUCGGUACAGCGCAAUUCGAUUGUUGGUGGAAAUUUGCCAGGAGUAGCUAAUUCACGUCUAGGCAAUACCGGCCCAAUCAAGCCAGACAAUCUGUGGGGUCAAAACAACGUCGGCGGUGGCGGUGGUGCGCGCGGAAACGGAGGUUGGGAAGACACCGGUAGCAACAACUGGGAAGAAAAGUCCGCAGGGUCAUUGUGGAACGACAAUGCGUCUGCUGGAAAUUGGAACAAAAACAAACAGAUGGGUUCUAACUGGAACGACGCGAACGCCGACAUGGGUCCUGAUUGGGGUAUGCAUGGAGGUGGCUUGAAUAAGCCACCUAACAAAAUAAACCCACUGGAAUUUAUUAGGAACAGUAAACAGUAUCGCAUGUUGUGUGAAAUGGGUUUCAAGAAAGAAGACGUUGAAACGGUUCUGCGCAUAUCGAAUAUGAAUCUCGAGGAGUCGAUUGAAAUGCUUCAGAGGAACGCGUCCACAACCGACUGGCGCCGAGGGGAUGAUCAUGGUCCUGGGUUUGCCGGUCAGUUCGCUGAUCGAUUUUCAGGUGCAGGAAACUCGACGCUUCCAUUUCCUCCGAAUAACCAAAACAUACUCAGUGGAUUUGGUGGCAAUCCGAAUAUCAACUCAUUUAAUAAUAUGAAGUUUGGUGCAGGCCACGGUGGUGGCGGUCCAAACGGAGCAACAGGGGCUCCAUUCGGACAGCCAUCAGUGCUCAACCAAAAUGCACAAUCUCAACCUUCCACCCAGCAGCUACGUAUGCUAGUCCAACAAAUACAGAUGGCCGUACAACAUGGUUACUUGAACCAUCAAAUUCUAAACCAACCCCUGGCACCACAAACGUUAUUACUGUUGAACCAACUAUUGAAUCAUAUCAAGCAAUUACAAGUUAUGCAAAGCAAUCUGAAUCGCAGUGGUGGUGGUGGUGUCAGUGCUGUACAAAUUUCUCUUGCAAUUAACAAGCUCAAAUCACAAAUUGGUAAUCUCCAGAAUCAGAUUACUGCCCAGCAGACUAUUUAUGUGAAACAACAGCAGCAGCAGAACAACCCAAACCCAGUGUCCGGUGCUGGACACCCAGGAAAUGAUUUGUUCCGUACUCCAAACGAUCUAUCAGGAUUGCCGGGCAAUUUCUCCGAUAUGUCCUUGAAGGACAAUAAUAAUCCAUUCCCAACGAGCGGUGGUACUAGUCAACAGUCUCGAUUAACCCAAUGGAAGCUGCCGUCAACUCCAGCAGCUGACAAAGACACGGAUCUCACUGAUUUUCCCAGAGCUCCAGGGACUACCUCAAAACCAUCUGGGCUUGGUGGAAUAGAUGAUGGGACUUGGUCCAAUGGUCGAUCUAAUAUGGGUGAUGGGUGGCCAGAUUCAAAUGCUCAAGACAACAAAGACUGGGCCGCGAAUGCUGAUGCAUUUACCGAUUUGGUUCCUGAGUUUGAACCAGGAAAACCGUGGAAGGGUACACAAACGACACGCAUCGAAGAUGAUCCCACUAUAACGCCAGGAAGCGUUGCACGCUCCCCACUCUCCAUUGCCUCUGCCAAAGAUUCGAAUUUAUUUGCCAAUAGCAAUAGUUCUAGUAACCAUAAUAGCAACGCUACCAACAGCAAAUCCUCGCCGACUGAAUCGAUUACGUCCUCAACCUGGAGCUACAAUCCUAACAGCACGCACGGUAGUUUCGGAGGCUCCAAACUGAAGAAUGCAUGGCCAGAUAGUAUUGUUCCUUCGGCCGAUUUGUGGGACAACGCCCUCGGUAAAGGCGGCCGGGUGGCCCCUCCUGGGCUUAAAGGAGCAGGCGGCAAACUUGAUGUGAAUGGGUGGAACCCUCCGCAUGGUGGUGGGGCUGGACAUAGUGUGGGUGGUUGGAAUAGCGCUGUCCCGUCUUGGCCUUCGACCUGGAUUCUACUAAAGAAUCUAACUGCACAGAUUGAUGGCUCUACUCUACGCACAUUGUGCAUGCAACAUGGUCCAUUGCUUGCCUUCCACGUGUAUCUCAAUCAUGGCAUUGCCCUCUGUAAAUACUCAUCGCGGGAGGAAGCUAGCAAGGCCCAAUUAGCGCUCAACAAUUGCAUGCUGGGAAAUGCUACAAUCUGUGCCGAAACUCCUACCGAAAGCGAUGUUCAGAACAUUUUGCAACACUUGGGUCCUCCAAGUGGCGCCAAUGGGUUAACGGGCGGUCAAUCCGGUGGUCAGAAUUGGCGAUUAGGGGCCGCUGCUCAAUCACAGUCCAUGCGUAAUCCAGCUGCUGAUACCUGGAGUUCAGCUUGGCCAAGCAGUACUGCUGGAUCGAAUCUUUGGGCACCUUUGGAUGGCCCAUCCGACCGAGUGACACCAGCCAAUUUAAACUCAUUUUUACCCGAGAGCUUGCUUGGUACUGAACUAAACUAAGCAGAACGAAAAGAUACAAAAACUUAAACGAGCAUAGUAAUUAAGUAAACAAAGUAUGCCACGUUUAUUGGAUAAAGCGAUUUUGUUGGACAUCAAAGAACGAAGGUAGCUGAAGGCCUGGGUUUAUAAAAGAAGUGUCUUUUCACAGUCAGCGGUUUCGCCUGGCGUAGUAUUAAGGUGUUGUGAAUGUUUUUAUCAUUUUUUUAAAUAUAACGAUAUACAUUUAAUAUAUAUUUGAAACAUACAAAAAUUAAAAACAAAAACAAACCUAAAAAUGCAAAAAACCAACACAAACACAUACACAAAACAUUUCAAGUCAAAGAAAAGUCUAGUUAUAUGUUUCACAUGUUAAGUUUUACAAUAAUUAUAAAUUAAUUUCGCGAAUGAGAGGAUUCGAGCCUCAAUAAACGAAGCAUACAAAUCCUAUUAACUUUAGGUUGCUUUAGAUAUAUAAGUCAGAUGAGGAUUCUGUUCUUUUUCAAUCCUAUUAUUUUGUACUAGCAGCAUUCGUUUCCACCGUCUCGACCCAAGGACGGCUUGAGAGAUGAUGACACACGCAUACAUAUUUCAGUCAAAAGUAAAAAGUCACAAACAAUUAUGCACAUUUUGCAGUAGGUGAAAGCAAUUUAUAAGAAAAUCAAAUGUGGUAUUAGAAUAUAUUUCGAAGUAAGCAAAUCUAUAAGAAUUAAAAAAAAGCAAACAAAAAAGAAGUUAAUGAUGUGCGGAAAGACAGUCGGAAUUACUUUCGUUUUUGCCGGCUUCGGCAGCCAGUGUGAGAAGACAACCAACCAAAAUGGGAACUGUUGCAACUUUUCGCUAAAUAUAUAGGACCUUAAUCGAUUCGUUCGAACCUGAAAACGCUUCUCAACGAACGCCAUUUACAAGAAAGCUUUGAAAUUUAAGAGUAUUGUUAAAGUAACACUACGCGCUAGUACUGCUAAUUACACUUUGAGAAGUUCUGAGUAGGAACGAACACAAUGAUAAUAUUUAAGCUAAGGCAAACCUUAAAGACAAGGAAAAAUCACGAAAACAUAGCAUGAGAAGGAAAUGCGUAUAUUUCGCUCAUUUUAUUGAAUAUUUUUAUCGGAUUGUAGAAAAUUAUUGGUUGUAUUAUUUAUUGAAAAAUGUAUUUUUUUACUAUUUUUGUUUUAAGAAGAAAAAAACUUAUUAAAAUCCGAUUAUCUGAUCGUUAAUUGGCGAUGUCAGCCAUAUAA